CAGCAUCAAAGAUGAGUUCCAGUCCGCCCGUACACGUGCUGGAAGCGAUUCACGCCUUCGUUGCCAAGAUGGGCAUCCGGGAGCCACGGUUAACCGUGUCGAGCGGGUCCCGCAACGGCGACAGCUACUCGGGUGACGUUUACCGGAUCGUCAUCGCGCCCGGCAGCCGGGACAUUGAAGACUUUGAGAACAACAACAAUACGAACAGUAGCAACCGGAUGCACCACAGCAACCACCAUGGUGCAACCAAAGUGUCCAACGUUGACGCAAAUGGCAACGAAGAUGGCGGCGAACUUCUGGACCCAGGGCUGCUGUUUGCCGAGCUUCCGAAGCCGAUCAGCGUCAUUGCGAAGGUAGCACCGACGACGAGCCUGCGCCGCUCGCUGUACAACAGCUCCGCGCACUUCCAGCGCGAGAAGUACGUCUUCGAUGUGGUGCUUCCGAUGUUCGAGCGUUUCCAGCAGGCGCGCGGUUUGCGCACGGUCAAAAGCUUCUCACACUACCCGAGCGUAAUCGUGUCCGAGUGCUGCGAGGGCUUCGAGUACAUUCUGCAGCGCGAUCUGAUGGCGCAGGGCUACCGCAACUUUCCGCGCACCGAACCGCUCGCGUACGAGGACGUGCUGCUGGUGCUCACCCAUCUGGCCCAGUUCCACGCGAUCUCGUUCGCGAUGCAGCAGCAGGCACCGGACGCGUACGCACAGAUUGUGAACCAGCUGCACGAGACGAUAUUUGUGCCGCCGCUGCACAGCUCGUUCGUGGACUUUCUGCAGCGCAAGGUGGACUAUGCGAUCGAGACGCUGCAGCGCAAUCCGGAGACGGGCGAUGGGGCGGUCGCCGAGCGGCUGUGCCGGUUUCGGGACGAGUACGGGCAGGCGAUGGUGGACUGUGUGCAGAACCGGGACGAUACGGUCAUCUGCCACGGGGACUGCUGGAUCAGCAACAUUCUCUACCGGCCAAUGCCGACACAGCGUAACGGUAUCGACGAUGGGCAUAACAACAAUGGUUUCAACAAUCAUCAGAUUCACCACCAGCCAGCGACCGCGAAAGAGCUCAAGUUUCUCGACUGGCAGGUGGCCCGCUGUGCCACGCCCGCCAUUGACCUGUCCUACUUCAUCUUCUGCUGUACCGACAGUGAGCUGCGCGAGCGUCUGCCGGAGCUGCUGCGCAAGUAUCACAGCGCACUGAUUCGUCGCAUCGAUGAGCUGGGCACCGUCAAUGGGCGCGACCUGUUUCCCUUCGAACGGCUCCAGAUGCACAUGAAGAAGUACGCCCGGUUUGGUUUCGGCAUGGCAUUGAUGACGCUUCAUUCGACCUGCUGCGUGGAAAAGGAUCUGCCAAAUGUAUCGGCCGCACUGGAAACAACCGAGCUGGUCGAUAUCGAUGAGCUCGCCAAGGAUAUGCUGUACAAUCCGGCAUACAUCAAGCGAAUGUCGGGCGUUUGUCGGGAUAUGGUACGGUUCGGUUAUCUGUAA